UCCCUAACUCUCUCUACCAUCUCUCCACCUCUCUUCCUCUAGUCCCCUCGUAGGUCGUAGUUUUUCUCCUUUCCUUCUCGAGAGAGUUCUCAUGAACUAAAAUUUGUGGUAUAUUAUGUGCGAUUUUGUUUGGGAAUGGAGGCCUUAACCUCCGGUUGUCCUCUGGACGCGAUCUAAGCUGAGCCUGUGCUAUUUUUAUUUUCACGAGUUACUGUUCAUCAUAUUUUCCCCUUCUUGAUUCGUGCUUGUUUUGAGUUUUUCUGUGAAGUUUGUUUGGUCAGAUUGAUGCUUUACCAAGUGAUAAACAAGAUCACCAAGUGAUUUGGGCUAAUUUCAUUCAUGCAUCAAGAUCCAAGCAGAUUUCAUUUUUGGGGGGUUUUUCUGGAGUUCUUGGACGUGAUCUGAUUUUCUCAGAUUCUGAGUUGAUUCUGAGCGAUGAUCUCAUAGAGUAUGCUCAUUAGUUUCAUGGAGAUUACCUGUGCAUAGUUUGGUAGCGAAUCAUCUUGAUUUGGUCUUGUUUACUCGAUCUGCUUUUUCUGUUCGUUGUGUCCAGCUUCCUGUUCGUGGCGCUUUUUGAGCUCUAGUUGAGCGUACUGGUGAGGGGACUGCUGGUCACCGGUGCGGACAGGCUCGGCGUCAAUUAGUUCUGGGUCGUUUCUGUUUCCUCUGAUUCGUUGUACCGAUUGAUUUUGGUCCUGACCUGUUGCCGUGUUGUUCAUCGUGGGAGAGCCAGGUUGCUUGUUCGUCGUGAAGGCCGAGCAGCAGGAGCAGUGCUCGUGCUUUCAGGCACCCUCGCCUGUUCUUGCUGUGUGGCAGAGCACUCCAGCACUGAAGCAGCAGCGGCUUGUCUGUGAUCCCAAGUGCCGGUUGCUUUCAUCAUUCUCUAUGUUGCAGCAUACAGGAAAUGGAUAGGCAGUAAAUUCAGCGACAGCUGCAAAUGUUGUUUGUGCUUUGAUUUUGUCUUCUGUGUUGCCUCUUUCUUCUACAGGAAACAACCAUUGCAUGCUAAUUUAUUUAGUUUAAGUCAUGUACAAGAGAUUGUCCGUAUUUCCUACGUGUGUGCUUGUAGGUAUUAAGUGCAGCAGCUAGUUCUUGUUUUUGUGCCUUCUCUGAUUGGUCUGUUGCUGCAGCUCAAAUCGUUGCUUGGUUGGAGUGUUGUUUAGGAUUUUCAGAAAGCAGAGCACCUUCUCUCAGUUUGGUCAAGGAGAACAAAGACACUCAAGUCCAGUUAACUGUUCAAUAUCUGUGUAGUCUGAAAUUUUUGGCCAGCCCCCCUCUUAUUUUCCGUUUAGCACGUAUUUUGGUCGUUCGAGCUUUGUUUUGUGUUCCGUUUGUUGCGUUAGCUUUCUACCGUUCCGAAUAAUUUCUCUAGAUACUCUCGUCACUAGUUGGCUUGAGUAUUUUAGUUUUGGAACGUGCUUGUGUGUGGCAGUGAUUUUGGGACAGCGGCUAAAUAUUUCGAAAGAAAUUUGAGGCUCCCAUUCACCCCCCUCUGGUCGCCGUUUUCGGUCCUUCAAUUGGUACCGGAGCCGGUUAAGGAUCAUUCCACCUUAAUCGGUCCAUGAUCCACGAAGGCGACAUGGAGCGUGGUUCCGGUAAACCACCGUUCUUCGAUGGAACAAAUUAUCCCUAUUGGAAAAUACGCAUGGUUGCCCAUCUCCAGGGGAUUGAUUGGCUAGUUUGGGAAAUUUGCAAGGAUGCUACUUUCGUUGUGCUUGAACCCCGUGCUCGAACCACGCAAGAUCAAAAAGAUCGUCACAACGCAAAUAGCAGAGCAAGAUAUGUUCUUUUCUCGAGUCUUUCACUUCCUGAGUUCGAGCGUGUCUCUGAUUGUGCUACUGCUCGAGAGAUCUGGGUGAGGCUUCAGAGCUAUCACGAGGGUACAGCCCAUGUCAAAACCAGACUCUAUGAGACGUACACGAGAGAGUACGAGAACUUCACUCAGCUUGAUGGCGAGUCCGUCGAUGCCAUGUUUUCUCGUUUUCAGACGAUCAUUAACAAGAUGCGAGCAAACAAGGCACAGCUACCUUAUGAUGAUCAUGAGAGGGCUCUCAAGCUUCUAUAUGCCCUAGAUCGGAAGGUAUGGGAUGUGAAGGUGUCUGCCAUCAUCGAGUCUUCAAACUACGACACCAUCACUGUGGACGAGCUGUUCAGCAAGCUCAAGUCCACCGAGAUCGACUACCAGACUCAAGCCAAGCUCAAGAAUCCCUCUGCACCGACUAUGGCUUUAGUCUCAGGUAACAGUUCAAGUUCUUUAGCUAACCCUUCACAGAUGUUGUUUGCCUUGUCUUCUUUGGUGUCUAUUUCAGAGGAGCAGUUGGAGACCCUUGGGGAUGACGAGCUGGCGUUGAUCAUCAGCCGGUUCUCGCGGUUCCACAGCAACCGCUUGAACCGCCGCCGGGGCGGUGAUCAAAAGGUGGGCUGCUACAACUGUGGAGAUCUCGACCACUUCGUCGCCCACUGCCCCAAGAAGAACAAGCACUCCUCCGACAAGUACGACUCCGGCAAGCGCAAGGACAAGAACGGCUACACCUCUAAGAAGCACAUGUCAAAGAAGGGCUUCGACAAGGAGGCGCACAAGAAGAUGUACCGCAAGAAAGCCAAGGCGCAAGAGCGUGCCUUCCUUGCUUCCCUCAGUGACCUCGACAACGACUCUAGCAAUGACUGCUCCUCUUCUCCCUCGAGUGACGAUGAGUCCGAGAGGAAGAUGGAGGAGAAGCUGACCGGUCUUUGCUUUGUCGCCGACUCCACUCAUGGAGGCUUCUGCACCAUGGCGAUUGAUGAAGAGGUGAAGGCUAGCAAGGAUGAGGUCUCCUUCGACGACGACACCUCCGAGCUCGGAGGCUUGGAGAACACAUGGCUUGUUGAAUCUGGUUGUUCGCGCCACAUGACCGGAAGUUCAAAAUGGUUCUCCAGCCUCGACCCCGUGCAAUGUAAGGAGUACAUCACAUUUGGGGACAAUAGCAAAGGUAAGGUGCUUUCUCGUGGGACCAUUCGGGUCAAUGAGAGUUUUGUCUUGAAGGAUGUUGCUUUGGUUUCAAAUUUGCAUUUCAAUUUGCUUUCGGUUUUGCAACUCCUUCAGGAUGGUUUUGAGGUGCGCUUUAAGACUGGCUUGUCUCGAGUUCUUGAUUCUCAGGGAAAUCUUGUUUGUCAGAUUGUCCCUUUUGGUCGUGUCUUUCGAGCUAAUUUUUCUCACUCUUUUGGCUCUUAUCGUUGUCUUGUGGCUGGAUCCUCUUCUGAUCUUUGGAAGUGGCAUAAGAGACUUGGUCAUUUGAGCUUUGACUUACUAGCUAGGUUGAGCUCACUUGACUUAAUCCGAGGAUUGCCCAAAUUGAAAUUUGAGAAGGAUUUGGUUUGUCACCCUUGUCGUCAUGGGAAGAUGGUUGCUGCUUCUCAUCCUCUCGUGACUCAGGUCAUGACCAAGGGACCCGAUGAGCUACUUCAUAUGGACACAGUUGGUUCGGCUCGGGUUCGGUCAAAGGGAGGGAAGUGGUAUGUUCUAGUGAUUGUGGAUGACUUUUCUCGCUACUCUUGGGUGUUUUUCAUGGAGGGUAAGGAUGAGGCUUUUUCUCAUGUUCGAGAUUUGAUUCUUCGGUUACAAACUGAGUUGCCUAAGAAUGCCAUGAGAGAUAUACGUAGUGACAAUGGCACAGAAUUCAAAAACACUCAAUUUGAUACCUUCUGUGCUUCUUUGGGUCUUGAGCACCAGUUUUCCUCUCCUUAUGUCCCCUAGCAAAAUGGUGUUGUUGAGCGCA